AUGGAGGAGAAAGAUUGGAAUGAUGACAGCCUCACCAUGACCACCGUUUCUCAUCACUGUUUCAGCGAUGAUUCUAAAGCACCAAGUUUCUCCAUCUCCAUCAUCGAGAACAUGAAGGACGAAUAUGGCCUAUUCCUAUGGCCCUGCAACGUAGUUCUCGUCGAGUAUGUUUGGCAGCACAAUCAUCGAUUUUCAGGAGCCAACGUUGUUGAGCUAGGUGCUGGAACUUCCUUGCUUGGCUUGGUUGCAGCAAAACUCGGUGUCUGUGUCACUCUUACCGAUGACUUCACCAGAUUAGGGGUAUUACACUAUUACCAUCCAAUUUGUAGUUUACAUACUUUUAUAAAGAUUUCAAAUAAACUAUUGUUAACCACCAAGCAUGUGUUGGGAUUGACAUGGGGAGUUUGGGAUUCAUCCAUAUUCAGUUUACAAUCAACAAUUAUUCUAGGGGCUGAUGUGCUGUAUGAUUCAAAUGCCUUUGAUAACCUCUUUGCCACUGUGACUUUCCUGUUCCGAAAUUCUCCUGGGUCAACUUAUAUAACCUCAUAUCAUAACAGAAGUGGGCAUCACCUUAUUGAGUUUUGGGUAGGAAAAUGGGGCUUAGAGUGUCUGAAGCUUCUUGAUGGAUUUUCCUUCUUGCCAUCUGACAAAGCAUCACUGUAA